GAGGGACAUACGGCCUGGGAAUAUGCUGGGAAAAUCGUCUAUCAGCUACUAAGGCAGUCAAGAUUGUAUAGAAGUGGCCUCCAGCACUUUGGAUACCUCGGGGUGUGACCUAUUUCACCACCAAAGUCAAAGCAAAGACAUUCGUGGCUCGUCCCAAAGCCGUCACGCUCGACGGAGAAGCCGUUGGAGUUCGUCUAUGAGAGAGCCCCCAAGGAUUUUGCUACCGACCGUGUCGUCACUUGGUCCGUGGGCAAAGGAAUGCAAGGUGACGCGGGGAUUCUGAAUCAACAACGACCCUUUCCUACAUUGAUCCAUGGCUGUGGCAUAGCAGAGCACGUUCUGGUCCUCGUGCCGCGGCCCUUCGAGGAGAGAACCGAACAGGUGAGAGCUGGGCUAUAACACUGGGUAAGUUAAGUCGCCAUGAACAACUAUAUGGUCUGGAGUCGAGGAAGGGAAGGAGACUCGACAUCCGAGUCACUCGUUCUCAGGACAAUGUCUUCCCAAUAUGUCACUCUCAAGAUGGAAGGAACCCCUGUCCGGGACGGACGGACGCAGGCUUUCUCCCUCAAGAGAUCGACCUAGGUCAACCGCUGGAUACAUGGCCCCGCCGUCCCGACAAUCAUUCUGGAUAUCUCCUGCAGGCAGACUUGAGUCAACCAGAGCAUCAUGAGAAAAACAUGCAACCUUCGGCUUAUGGACAUCUUUCUUGUCCUGCACAGCGGCACAGACCAACUUCAUCCAGAAUCGAGCAGUUUGUCCCGGCAAGUUUAGCAAGCCUUCGAGCCAACAAAUUUCCUCCUGGAAGGACUGCAUGAUCCACGAACCGUGUCUUUCCCCACGCUUGCCAGGCGCCCUGAAAGGUAUAAGCUGGGCCAGCUGCAGCGCCCAAUGCAAGACAACAGGCGCUGCGACUUAAUCAUCAUCGUGGAUAGCAAAGAGAUUGACAACCCCACCAUCAUGGCUGCGCUUUCAUCCACCUCAAAGCGCAAACUCUCGGAGUGAGGUCGACUGCAAGACUCGUGGGCCACGACGACCACCUGUUUCGCAUCCAGAGAAGCCGGGGCUCCUCGCAAGAGGAGUCGUGGAGCCGCAGCAAGUAUCUCACGAAGCUCCACCAGGUUAUCAGCUGGAUGGAAUUUUUUCAAGUCCUUUAUUGAAGGAAUUGCAUCAAUGUUUCGCCCUCUAGGUGUUUACCUUGAAAUUUUUAGUCGCCAAGCCGCCGGUACGGAGCGCAGGGCAGCAAAGGGCCAGCUUUGAUUCCAGGGUGUCGGAAAUCUCGGGGAAUGGGACAACAGCACCUCAAGCCAAAAAAUUCCGCUUAUCGAUCGAUUACGGCAUUGAGGAAGUGACCGGAUCAGGAACAAAACCCCAAUAACGGUCGUGGAGAGUUGUCGAGAUCUGAGUGCACAUGACAGUUCUCCCCAGGAGCCUUCCAAAUGCGAUUGAGGGGGUGAGAUCUGCGAUCCCCAAUCAUAAAAGAUGUUGCAGUGAACACCUCACAGGCGCAGGCAAGCAGCCGGUAACCGCCAGUAAGCUUGGGUCACCGAAGGUCGAGCGGCUUGGGCUGAUAAACUAACCAGAAAUGGGGUUGCACGGCGGCCAAGGACGAUGCAUUAUAUGGCCACGGACAUCCAUUAUCUUUUCUUUGACAUUUUUGUUUCCACCCACGACACCCCCGAAAAUAAUGUCGCCGAUGAUUCCAUGAACGGACACAGGAUCCAAGAGACGAACUUGCCCACCGGCAUCGAGGCCUUGCGACAGUCCGGCAUCGCCCAUAUUGGUGCGAUAACCACAGAGCCACCGUAUUCUGGGGCGCCAGCCACACACCUGUUACAGCCCCUCUCCCCUCCGAGGUACAACAAUCUCGAUGCGCAUUUUUAUUCCAGCCUGUCGCCGAGCGACACCGGGCAUGAUCCGCAGCAGACGCCGGGACGACUAGAUUACUACAUGCAAAGUCCUGACCACGUCGCGGACAUGGCGGCCAAGGAGGAGAGGCGCAAGCGCAACACCGCGGCCAGUGCACGGUUUCGAAUGAAGAAGAAACAGAGGGAACAGGCCUUGGAGCGGAAGAUGAGCCAAGUGCAGGACAAAAACGCGAAAUUGGAGGAGAAAGUUAAUCAGUUGGAAAUGGAGAACAAGUGGCUGAAGGACCUGAUCACGGAGAAGAACAAGAGACCUGCGAGCGAGUACGGAGAACACGACGACGACGAUCUUGAGGCAUUGGCACAUGGGCGCAUUGUGAACGGGACGAGCGGAACACGUCACGCAGGGUAGAAUCUGAGGACGAGAGCGCUUUUCCUUGGGGCGUGCAAUCUUACGACGACAAACGCGAUGGAUGUUUGAGGGGGGACAGGUGGGAAUCUGUGCUUGGUUCAAAGUACACAGAGGGCCCAAGUAGUGCUGCCCACGGGUCGCACUGGACACUGGAAAUAGGUUGAUACAAGGCGCGAGAAGCAUAUUGAUUUCGCAUGAA